AGCUUUCGUCUUGCAACUCCUUUUCCCCAAGUCAUAAGGCGAACAGUGGAUUUGUUGAUGCAGAGAGGCUUCAUUCAAGAAUUUCCUGUGAAGAUGACAGUACUCUCAUGGGGAGUCUGACCAUGGCCAUCAAAAAGCUCUUUUCUCCUCUCUACAUAUCCCUCCUGGCCCACUUGCAAGUGAGUGCAUGCACAGUGGGGGCAGUGUGCUAUAACUCUCAUGCACCAUCUCAUGGCCUCAUCUCCUCCCCCUCUCUCUACACUCUCUACUCUCUCAUGAGGGCAUAUAAGACAUGAAGGUGUUUACCAAGGGCAAGAUUUGGACAGCGCUAGGUUCACUCAUGGAUCGUGCCUCCUCCAAUAAGCAGGCUUCCACCGUGGUGGUCCCUGACCGAGCGCUCCUCGCCGACAUCGAGGCGGCUAUCGCACGGUGCACCGACAGUGGCGGGGAUGCCGGGAGCGGGAGCGACGACCGGCAUGUCCACGAGAUCCUCUUCCUCGUCUCCAACGCGCCGGGCGCAAUCACUUUCCUCUCCCGUCGCAUCUCUGCGCGCCUCGAGGCGGCCCGCACCCCGGCAGCGGCGCUCCGGUCUCUCCUUCUCAUCCACCGCCUCCUCCGUGCCGGAGACCGCUACUUCGAGCAGGACUUCCGCGGCCUAUGGGCCUCCCGCGACCUCCGCAUCGACACGCCUCGGUGCAGCUGCUCGUGCUCCUCCUCCUCCUCCCUCGACUCCAGCACCAGCGUCGUCAACUUCAUCACGGCGCCCAAGGGCUCUCCGGUCGCCAUCGCCACGGGUGCCUGCUCCUUCCUCCAUGGCUACACGGCCUACCUCGAGGAGCGCAUGCAGUGGGUGAUCAACCAAGCCGGCAACCUGGAGCCCACCCGGCCGCCAGCCCAGGACCAACAUCCAGACUCCUCCUCCUCCUACGACGACGCUGCUGCCGAGGCGCUCCUGUUCAAGCUAGCCAUGUGCCAGAGGCUCCUCGACGUCGCCGUCCAGCUGCUGCCGGACAACAACACGAGCAGCGCCAGCGCCGCUGCGCGGUCGGCCUUCGGCAUUGUGCUCCGUGAGAGCUUCAAGGUCUACGACGCCUUCAAGGAAGGCCUCGACGUGAUGCUGCUAAGGUCAAGAUCAAGCUCAAGCGUCGGGCUCAGCAAGUCUCUCAGGGUUUCGGGCCACGAGGUGCUGAGGAAAGCAUGCGCGCAGACGCCCGAGCUCAAAGAGUUCUACCACAAGUGCAAGAAGAGCAAUGCGAGCAAGGUCACGGAGUACCCUGUCGUCAGGGUCGUCACGCCGGCAAUGGAGCUCAUGCCGCCGGUCAGUGAAGAGGAUAAGCCUGGCUGUGGCGAGGCAGCGGCGGAAGAAAGCGAAGGCGACGCUCCGUUUGAGAGCAAGCUGGAGACCACUAUCAGCGCCGUGUGGGUCGAGUUCGACGGCGACGACGAUCGCCUGGCUGGCUGUGAGGCUACCGGUGGCGAUGGCUGUCACCGCACCUUACAUGCACAGCAGCCUAGCUAACAUCCAGUCCAAGUAUAUGAAUUUUGAGUGAUAUUGGAUUGGUCUCCUACAUCGACACCCCCCCACCCCCCCCCCCCCCCAAUUCUCUUCUUGUUUUGUGUGCAUGUUUAAUCAUUUUGAAGGAUCACUGCCUUCAUUCAGCUGCCAAGAAAGUCAAUAAUUCUUCCUCUCCUUUCUUUUUAUCCUUUAAUAUUUUUUCCAUAAAAUCCUGUUAUUGUUUCCUUUUGGUCUCCUCCUUUUGUUUGCUCCUUAUCCUUCCA